GGCACGCGCCCGUUUGGCGGCAGUUUCCCGCCACUGCUGUCCCCGCCGCCUGCGCGGAGCUCCAGGCGCCGGCGGGAGGGAGCCCCGGGGCAGGAUGCGAGCGAACGGCUCCGUCUUGAACGGCUCCGUCCUGCCGCGGGACCCGCCGGCCGAGGACGCCCCGCGCCGCCCGCCCUGGGUCACCUCCACCUUGGCCGCCAUCCUCAUCUUCACCAUUGUGGUGGACCUGCUGGGGAACCUGCUGGUCAUCCUCUCCGUGUACCGCAACAAGAAGCUGCGGAACGCAGGAAAUAUAUUUGUGGUAAGCCUGGCAAUUGCAGACUUGGUCGUAGCAAUCUAUCCAUAUCCACUGGUCCUCACAUCUGUGUUUCACAACGGAUGGAACCUGGGAUACCUUCACUGCCAGAUUAGCGGCUUCUUGAUGGGCCUAAGUGUCAUUGGAUCAAUUUUCAAUAUUACCGGCAUUGCUAUCAAUCGAUACUGCUAUAUCUGCCACAGCCUCAGAUAUGACAAGCUGUACAGCGACAAGAAUUCUCUGUGCUAUGUUGUUCUUAUCUGGAUCCUAACAGUUGUUGCUAUUGUGCCCAACCUGUUUGUGGGGUCUCUGCAGUAUGACCCCAGGAUUUACUCAUGCACGUUCGCACAGUCGGUGAGCUCUGCAUAUACAAUAGCAGUCGUGUUUUUCCACUUCCUGCUUCCCAUGGCCAUAGUUACUUUCUGUUACUUGAGAAUAUGGAUCCUUGUUAUUCAGGUGAGACGAAGGGUUAAACCGGACAACAACCCCAGACUGAAACCACAUGACUUCAGAAACUUUCUAACCAUGUUUGUGGUAUUUGUACUGUUUGCAGUCUGCUGGGCUCCCUUGAACUUUAUAGGCCUUGCUGUGGCGGUCAACCCAGAAACUGUAAUCCCUAGGAUUCCAGAGUGGUUGUUUGUGUCAAGCUAUUACAUGGCAUACUUCAACAGCUGCCUUAACGCCAUCAUAUAUGGACUCCUGAAUCAGAACUUCAGAAGAGAAUACAAGAGAAUUAUUGUCAGUUUUUGUACAGCAAAUGUUUUUUUCCAGGACAGUUCUAAUGAUGCAGUGGACAGGGUGAAAAGUAAACCUUCUCCACUGCUAACAAACAAUAAUCAAGUGAAGGUGGACUCUGUGUGAAAACUGGAACCCUGUUAUUGUCCCUCCACAGCAUCCACAUAAAGUAUCUGUUUUAGUGGAACUACUGUUAAAUAUCAUAGUGAAUAUCUAUUCUACACUGAAGGCACUUUUAUUGAAUCCUUUGCAUGGUAUCUGGGAACCCAAGUUACAGAGCUGUGACAUGCAGACCCUAUUCUACAUUGCGAUAUCUUUCAUAAAACACAGUGACAUCCUUAAGGGAAUUACAAAUUAUGCAUGGAUACUUUUUUCUUUUCAUAAAUGGAGAUAAAGAACUAGACAUAGAUUGAAAAAGAAAUAUCCACAUUGCCUGGCUCUAUAAAAGAAAUCACAAAACUAUUCCUAUUGUUCUCUGCUUGCUUCUUCUGGCUAAGCUAUGGUCCUGAUUCUAAAACCACUGAGAACUUAUUUUGAAAGCUGAAAUCAGGCCGUUAGGAAGCGUAUUAGGAAAUAUGCAGUAAGAAAUCAAGCUAGUUGAAAAGUCAUCAGGAUUUUUUAUAAGUACCUCUACCUUGCUUUGCGCCUAAAAUGGACAUGUUUAUUCAUUUUGUGGAGGCUAAACCUCAUCAGCCCUCCUAGGAAUGGCAUCCCCAAUUGACUUCUUAAUUUUAAAACAGUUUUUAGGUGGAGAAAUAUGACUGACUCACUAUCUUCAAAGCUACAGAGGCAGGAGGCUAACCAGGAAGGAAAGAAAAGAGACAUGAUUUGUCAGCUUAAGCCAUUUGGGGAAGAAAAAAGGUGUAGGAGGAGUGGAGAGAGAAAAACAAAAACAAAACACCAUUCUUUCUGAAGAGACAGAAAUUCACAAAACUGGGAAGUUCCCCAGAAGGAAUUCUGGGGAGACACCUCUUAGAACAUAAGCAAGGAAGGACCAUUGUUUCUCACUUAUGUACAGUAUGGAAUAUCUGAACCUUUGCAAGAAGAUCAAUAUUUUUAAGAGGGACUGUGGGUGAGAAUGACAGUUUGGCUGGUUAGUGGAAUCUUAAUCUCAUUAAACCCUGGGAAAUGCCAAAUAUUUACAGAACAAGCAUGUGUCAUAUUUCUCAACUCAAUCUCCUGAGCAUAGUCUGAGUCAUGUAGGUUAUUAUGUUAUCUGCCAUAGAUACGCUUUUCAAAAUAAUCAUUAAGUGUUUACCACUAUCAUGAAAAUAGUCUAAUAACCUGGAACAAUUGGACACAUUUAAAUAAUAGAAGAUGAUACUUAUGGCACUGGUACAAGGAGGAACGCAUGACUCUCAGGACAGGACCUGCUACGGGGACUUUCCACAGACAGCAGGGGCCUUUGCAGUGAGAGGAAGUACACUGUGAAAGGAGGAAGCACAGCUAGACAGGCUGACUCCUGCGACAAUGAAUCUCUGUUUAUAACAAAGUCCUCUGGGGAAGGAAAGCAACUGACAACAAUAGGAUUCACCUUCAAACAGACUUUAAAGAGAAGGAGCAUUUAGCUCUGGAUAAAUGCUCCAACUGUCAACUGUCCUACCUUUUAGUGCUCAAGUGUUCAUACUGCACUGAUGUUCAAUUAUGCUUGAGCUUUUCCAUGCCAAUUCCAAUCUCUUCAACUGGACUUGGAGUUUCUGUAUAGCCUGUCCUACAUCUGUUAAUCUAUAUUUAAAAGUGGACUAUGUAAUUUAUUGGAAUUAUUACUUGCUGUACUGGAGAUUUUCUUGAUCUUAUAUGGAUUAGAAACCAAUAGUCACUCUAUAUUAUUUAAUUCCUUAAACACUCUACAGAUCUAACAGUAUCUCUUCUUUCUUUGAUCAUAGAUUUGCAUCCCCGUGACUUAAUAAUGAACUAGAAAGGAACACUUUCGUAUUUACUUGAAAACCCCACUGACACUUUGUCAAUGACCAGCUUCUUACCUUAAAAAUAGGUGCCUCAUGUUCUCACAUGGUCGUGUCAAGUUGACAAUGGAACUAGCAAACAACAUCAUAAAAACCUGGAGCUGAACUCACCAGUCAGUGCAUUGCCCAGGUGCUUGACACAUCUUUGUUUACAUUUGCCAGUCAGAACCACUGUGUAAAUAACCAGCUCUCUUCUAUCAUGGUCUCAUCAUAUGAUGUGAUAUGAUACAACUUGAUUAACAGCAUAAAUUAUAUCACAGCUUUCUUCACUGUGAUUUCAUCCUCAGAGGAUGCUUAGCUCAGUAAUUUUAUCGCUUUGUGUGAACUAAUCUCAGAAUAGGAAGGGAGGCAUGACCACCUUAUAAGAAAAGACAUUCUUCAUGUAAGAAAAAACACUAUUUCAAUUCUUACAAAUCUUGCCUUAUUUAAAGCAUAUUUUCAAUGAAAAUAAUGUCUUAUGAUGCAUCUAGUAAAGUAGCAUACAGAUAGUUAAAGUAGCUUAAUCAUCAGUAAAUUUAGAGUUCUCAAAGAUUUUCCACUUGCCGUUGGCAACAGAAAAUGUACAUGCUUAUCAUGUCUACAUAUGUAUGAGCCAAUUCAUAUACUGUAUCCAACAUUGUGGGUUAUCUGAGGAAUUAAAGUCCCCUGUAAUUCACAAGUGCUAAAGUAUAUUUUUGAUGAUAACGAAAAUGGUUUGCUAUAUGCAAUAAAACCUAUUGUACCAAAGGUAUAUAUUUUAUUGAAUAGGCCUGUAAUAAAAAUGGAGAGAUUUUUUCAGAUCUGACAUUUUGAAAUAUUUGUAUUAAAUCUAAAUCACAGAAAUGUGCAUGUUGGUGAUGUUAUGCGCUGCUAAAUAUAGCAAUAAUUUUAAGAAAUUAA